CGGAGGGGCAACCUCGUCGCUCGCAGCAGCCACCACCCGGCGGCCCGCUUGCCCUGCCAAGCCGGGCGAAGAAAAGAAACGCUCUUCCGGGCCCUCGGCGAGCUGGGCUCCCCAUUUCGAGCGAACCGACUGGACGCCCAAGCAGUGCGCGAUGGCGGGGAGUGCGAUAACCGUCCGCCUGGCCGGAGGCAGCCCCUGGGGUUUCCGGCUGCAAGGGGGAAGAGGCACCGGCCAGACCCUGACCAUCACCAAGACGCGGCGCAAGAGUAAAGCCUACCAAGUGCUGCUCGAAGGCGACCAGCUGAUCAGCAUCAAUGGGCAGCCAUGCGAUAACCUUAGCCACGAUGAAGCCAUGGCUAUUGUUGAGUCCGGCUGCCCUGAGUUGGUCAUCCAAGUGCGCAGGGGAUACGAGCAGAACAAGGAGAACGAGAACAAGCCGAAAGACAACCCGCACCCGAAGACCGAAACGCAAACCGCCGCCGCGGCUCCAGUUUGGACAGCACCGACCGGAAGCUCAUUCUUUCCGAAGAUCUCUCCGACCGGAAGUAGCGCCUUUUCGAAGGGCCUGCUGACCAGUACGAGCGCUCUUCCGAGGACCGGCCCGAGCCUGAAGGGACCGCUCAGUGACCUGGGAAACAUCCCGAGGCCUUUCGUACCCUUUCAGGACAAGGGUCCCGACACCAUGCGCGAGGUAAAGAGUUCGGUGGAGCACAUCAAGGACCCCUUCUCGGGCGUCACCAAGGAGGUCCGCACCACCAUCGAGAAGGAGUCCCAGGAGACGCCUUCAUCGCUCUACCGGAGUGUGACGGAGACGAAGAAGGAGACCUCGCAGCUGCCGUCGGGGGGGUCGCUGCUCUCCACAACCACCACGGUGACAAACCGUUCGACCAGCACUAGCAGCAGCACGACCAAGAAAGCCCCGCCACCCACGGCACCCAAGCCCAAACUCAAGCUGAACACGGAGCUGGCCUCAGACGUGGCCCGUUUCGGCUUCCCUCCCGAAAGGCCCUGCUCCAGUGCCAGCGAAGCCAGUGGGCAGCCGGCGCAGCACGCCGGAGGUUCGCAGGACAGUCCGCUGCUGAGCCCCACGGGGCUCCUGCUGCUGCCUAAGUUCUACGAGCCGCCUACGCAGAACUCCGCGAUGGACGUGCACCCGCUCAGCCUCCACAGGAAAAAAACUUUCUCUUCAUCGAGCUUCUACGAGGAGCCUAACUGCAUUUACCCCACCGUAGAAGAACAAGUAGAGCUAGCUCGCAAAAUCGCCGACUCUCUCUCGGCGGACACCAACCGGAAAUCUCGGGGCGCCAACAUGUUCUUCAAGAGGGUCAAACGCUCCCACAAGUGGGUCCAUGAAGCUCCCGACUACUCAGACUCUGAGGCGACUCUGUCUGGCACAGAAACGUCCAGGGAGGAACUUGCAACACCAGAUCCAGCGACUGUGCCGUACAAGAUAAGCAAGGGUCCCCCGAAACUGAAACUUAUCCUAGACCCAAGGCACCUACAAGACGCCAACACGCUGCGCUCGACGGGUAUCAGCAUCGUCGAGCACAACGCCAUCAGUCCGGAGGUGUGCCUCGAUCUGGUGAAAGACCUGAACUCGCCGUGCGGCAAAGGAGCGGCCAUGUUCGCCAAGCGCAAGAAGAAGUCCGAAGACUGGGUGGUAGACGUGGAGCGCAUCAAGGCCCAGCUGGGAGACCGCUGGCCGGAGCCGCACCAGCCGGUAGCUCCCAUUCGCACGCCCAUCAAGACACCCGUAGAUCGCUUCAAGGAGUCGCUGGUGAACCCCAGGCUCAGGCUGGUGAAGAGUCCCUGGGAGGCGGCGCUGGAGUCUCCCAUUGGCAGCUGCGAGAAAGCUUUCGCCAUGGUGCGUCCCGAGGAGGUCGUUGAAAGCGUGAUCCGUGCCGCUGAAGCCAAGGGGGUCCCCGAACCGGCUGCGUACCAGAACGGGCUGGCUGGCGCCUAUGAGCCAGCCGCCUACGAGCCGCGGCCGUCCGCCGCCCUUUACAAUCCCAAGGACCCGUGCUUGGCCAGGGCUCCUCGGGGCUGGCGGGGCACCGCCACGCAGCCCGCUCCCGAGCCCAGCGGCGGCUCCUGGCCCAGCGCCGGCGGCAGCGCUGCCCCGUCCUCGAGCGUGAGUCCGUGCCCGCCGUUGCAGACUGGUGGAGCCGUCCAGCCCAGCGCCUUGAGCCCGCUUCCCGCAUUCGGGUUGCCGGCUGCGAGCAGCAUCAAUCUGUCCCAGUUCCAGAACUUCAACAGCUUGCCGAGAUCGUGGUCGCCGCGCUGCUCCAGCCAAGCCGCGUUUCGGCCCGUGAAGGCCCCUACCUUCUACGCCCGCUAAUCCCAAGGCCGUAGCUGGAGAGGCUAGUGUUGAAGUCAGGCUGUCAUUUGCUGGCUCAGCAAGAACACCGCCCACGCAAGCCCUUGCUUAGGAACCAUAAAUGACCGCCAACAGCCGCAAAUACCUUAGAAAUUACCUUCUUUUUUUGGCGGCGCAAGUACCGUAUACGUCGCCGUGCAGCCAAAGCUGCGGGUUGUCUGUCAUAUGGUACGUAUUUUGCGUAUCUUGUGACACAACUUCGGGCUACAACAGACCUUCCUAAUACGAACUCUGCACGCCGACUUGCACAACCAAAACGUCCUCCUUUUGGGGCUUCCUUCCACAUCAUUGCACACAAAUGUACUUAUCAGCGUGUGUGCAAGGUGCUAAAGCUUAUUUCAGGAGCGCAGUAAUCCAAGUGUUAAUUGCAUCGUUGAAGAAACUUUUAUGCCUUCUCGCUUCCUGUUGUCCAUGUGCGCCUUGUAUUUCCUGCGCACCACUUAAUGGUUCGACCUCCUCAAUGCGAUAUGUGCAGAAGUCUUCGUAUUAUCCGGACUAUUCACGAUUUGUAAGAGAUGUUAUCUAUAUCCUGCAACCUUCUUUCGUGGCUCGGCUCAUCAGUUCUUGUUGCAUCGGCAAAAGACACGUUGACUUCAAAUGAAAUCAUUGUUGGCGACUUGCCUGCUUCCCACCUUUUUCCUUAAUAUUUAAGAGGCAGAAAUGCUUUCAUGAGUGAUAAUGCAGUGUGUGUGCGUGUGUGUGAGUGCAGAGAAGACACAAGAAGAAGAAGAAGAUAAAAGCCCCAAAAAGCGACUCAAAAGAAGGUCCCGUCAUACACCUAAAAACAAACGGAAUGCGCUGCAGGUUGAAAUUGACUAUACUAGUACCUUUUGCAGAGGCACAUGCUAAUAAAAACACAAAGUGC